AUGCAUUUAAUUGAUCGAAUAAAACGAGCAAAGCAUAAAGAAGCGAAUAACACCUCUAUCAUCAUCACCGGUCGGUUUUAUAGGCUACAGCUACUACGCUAUUUAGUGCCAAUAAAUAGUUUCGAUCAGGUGCUUUCAGUGCAACAAGGUCUAGUUAAUUCUAUAAUUUUCAUACCAGAUGCAUGCUGGGAACUAGUUGUGGGCUGUGAUUCGCAUGCUGAGAUUGUAUUCGCGUUCAUUUUUGCCACCUUUAUCGCUCAUCUGCAAGAAGUGCUAUCAAAAGGUGCUUCAAACGGGACUCAAAUUGGUUGA